UCAUCAAGGUAUAGUCUACACAUAUGAUGGAACGGGCGAUGGAGCAGUUAAAUGUACAGCUGAAUCGGCUGACGCGCUCACUACGCCGCGCCAGGACAGUAGAACUCCCAGAAGACAAUGAGACGGCUGUCUAUACUCUCAUGCCAAUGGUGAUGGCCGACCAGCACAGGUCAGUGUCAGAAUUGCUCAUGAACUCCAAGUUUGACGUCAACUACGCCUUUGGUCGAGUGAAGAGGAGCUUGCUUCAUAUUGCUGCCAAUUGUGGUUCAGUCGAGUGUCUGGUUCUGUUACUGAAGAGAGGAGCGAACCCAAACUACCAGGAUAUCUCUGGAUGCACCCCUCUCCACCUGGCUGCCAGAAAUGGACAGAAGAAGUGCAUGGGAAAACUGUUAGAGUACAACGCAGAUGUGAAUAUCUGCAACAAUGAAGGGCUCACAGCUAUCCACUGGUUAGCUGUAAACGGAAGAACAGAGUUACUUCAUGACUUGGUUCAGCAUGUGAUGAACGUGGAUGUGGAGGAUGCGAUGGGACAGACAGCUCUGCAUGUGGCGUGUCAGAACGGACACAAGACCACAGUACUGUGUCUCCUGGAGAGUGGAGCGGACAUUAACAGGCCUAAUGUCUCUGGGGCGACCCCUCUUUACUUUGCCUGCAGUCAUGGGCAGAGGGACACAGCACAAAUUCUUCUCCAGAGGGGUGCCAAGUACCUGCCAGACAAGAAUGGAGUCACGCCUCUAGACCUCUGUGUCCAGGGUGGAUAUGGAGAGACAUGUGAGAUUCUCAUUCAGCAUCACAGCAGGCUGUUUCAGACCCUAAUCCAGAUGACACAGAAUGAUGACAUCAAAGAGAACAUGCUCAGGCAGGUUCUAGAGCAUGUCUCCCAACAGAGUGACAGUAAUUAUCAGAGGAUCCUCACCAGUCUGGGUGAAGUGGCAACUACUAAUGGACACAAGCUGCUCAGUUUGUCCAGUAACUUCGAGGCCCAAAUGAAGAGCCUGUUACGAAUCGUCCGAAUUUUUUGCCACGUUUUCCGUCUCGGCCCCUCGUCUCCCAACAACGGCAACGACAUGGGAUAUAACGGGAACAAGACUCCACGCAGUCAGGUCUUCAAGCCUUUGGAGCUUCUGUGGCAUUCCCUGGAUGAAUGGCUGGUCUUGAUCUCCACUGAGCUGGAGAAGAGUCGUGGUGAUGUUACCACGUCUUCGGGGAGCGAGAUCGCCUCUUUGCUUCUGAAGCAGCGUGAGGUCGACCCCUCGGCUCCCGAGGCGAACUCGCUGUCGACUACGGUGCUGGCCCCCACGCUAGACCCCGAGGUUGCCAUGAAGACCUCUGAGGCUUAUGCUAGCAGCGAGGAUGUCAUCUCCAUGACAGCCAAUCGGCUGAGCGCGGUGAUACAGGCUUUUUACAUGUGCUGUUCCUGUCAGAUGCCCCAGGGGAUGACGUCACCUCGAUUCAUCGAGUUCGUCUGCAGGCACGACGAGGUACUCAAGUGUUUUGUAACCCGGAAUCCUAAGAUCAUCUUUAAUCAUUUCCACUUUCUGCUGGAGUGCCCUGAGCUGAUGUCCCGCUUCAUGCACAUCAUCAAAGCCCAGCCCUUUAAGGACAGAAGCGAGUGGUUCUAUGAGCAUUUGCUGGCUGGGCAGCCUGACACAGACAUGGUCCAUCGGCCGGUCAAUGAGAACGACAUUCUGCUCAUACACAGAGAGUCCAUUUUCCGCAGCAGCUGUGAGGUCGUAUCAAAAUCGACCAAUGAGAAACUCAAACAAGGCAUUGCUGUGCGUUUCCAUGGUGAAGAGGGAAUGGGUCAGGGAGUUGUUCGGGAGUGGUUUGACAUCCUCUCCAAUGAGAUCAUUAACCCAGACUAUGCUCUCUUCACCCAGUCAGCAGAUGGCACAACUUUUCAACCAAACAGUAAUUCCUCUGUCAACCCGGACCAUCUGAACUACUUCCGAUUUGCUGGUCAAAUCCUCGGUUUGGCAUUGUAUCAUCGACAGCUGGUCAACAUAUACUUUACCCGCUCCUUCUAUAAGCACAUACUGGGCAUUCCAGUCAACUACCAGGAUGUGUCCUCAAUCGAUCCAGAGUAUGCCAAGAACCUGCAGUGGAUUCUGGACAAUGACAUCAGUGACCUUGGUCUAGAGCUCACAUUCUCUGUGGAGACAGAUGUGUUUGGAGCCAUGGAGGAGGUGCCUCUCAAACCAGGAGGAACCUGCAUACAGGUCACCCAGGAAAACAAGGCAGAAUAUGUCCAGCUGGUGACGGAGUUGAGGAUGACUCGAGCCAUACAGCCUCAGAUCAAUGCCUUCUUGCAGGGCUUCCACACCUUCAUUCCUCCCUCUCUCAUUCAGCUCUUUGAUGAAUAUGAACUGGAGCUGCUGUUGUCUGGUAUGCCAGAGAUUGAUGUGAUGGACUGGAAGAGGAACACAGAGUACACGAGUGGAUAUGAUCUGCAGGAGCCAGUCAUUCAGUGGUUUUGGGAGGUAGUGGAGAGCCUUACACAGGAGGAGAGAGUUCUUCUGUUGCAGUUUGUCACAGGAAGUUCACGGGUUCCUCACGGUGGAUUUGCUUUUCUUAUGGGUGGCAGCGGUUUGCAGAAAUUUACCAUUGCAGCUGUGCCCUACAGCUCAAAUUUACUGCCUACCUCAAGCACUUGCAUCAACAUGCUCAAACUCCCUGAAUACCCCAGCAAGGAGAUCCUGCGAGACAGACUGCUGGUCGCUCUGCAUUGUGGGAGCUAUGGCUACACCAUGGCAUGAUGCUGGCCCAUCUGUGUUUGCUGUCCCAUGCAAUUACACACACACACGCGUGUGUGUGUGUGUGUGUGUGUGUGUGUGUUUCAAUGCAGGGAUUUUCCUCCAACACUCCUUUUGCUUUUCAUACAGCCUUUUGUUUAUUCAAAUGAUGUUAUUUCUAGACACGAACUUGAGGGACAGGAUAUAUGUUUACCCUUUUAUAGUUGAAAAAAGGAGCUUAAAUAUAUGAAUGAAACAUCCCUGCUGCAUAAAAAGUAAAA